AUGCCUGCCUUCUCCAACAUUGCUCUGGCAGCCGCCGUCGUCGAAGAUCACCUUGCCACUAGCUCUGACCAUUUCACCCUCUGCCUCACGCUGCCGGAUAUUACCCUCACCCUCCCACAAGUGCCAGGCAAGAUCCGGGUCACCACCGAAGACGAACUGCGGCGCUUUAGGGAACUCGUUCUGACGGGAAUAUGGCGAAUACCACAAGGCAAUGCAACAGCCCUGGAGCUAGACAAUCUGGCCGCGGCAUUGGUUGACCUUCUUCAGUCGGCAGCCACUGCCGCCGGACGCCCAGUCAGGAAAGGGACCCGGAGUGCGCCAUGGUGGACCGAGGAAUGUGCCGGCGCAGCUGCGGAGUACCGGGCCAUCAGGAGGAUUUUCCCACUGGGCUUCAAUCGGGACAUUCAACUUGCAAGAAAAGAGUUCCAACGUGUAGUUCGCCGCGCCAAGCGUCAGUACUGGCGCAACCUCAUCGACGGAUUUUCAGACAGCGCAUCAGUCUUUAAGGCAGUCCGAUGGCUCAAGGCCCCGGGAGCCUUCCAACCACCACCGCUCCAGGUGGGUGACAUUGUGUACGAAACUCAAAUCGACAAAGCAAACGCUCUGAGACGCUGCACGCUGGAGCGCCGCACAGCAGCAGAUGACAUUCCAGAUCCAUGGAUUCCAGUCAGUCCAUCUCGUGCGAUACCCUUUGGCCAAGAAAUCACACUCCAGGAAGUGGAGGAUGCUACUAUCAAGACGGGGAACACGUCACCCGGAGCUGACAACAUCACGGUCAAGCUGCUACAAGCAGCCACCACCCGAAAACCUUUCGAGGAAGCAGAAGUAGUCAUGAUCCCUAAAUCGGGGAGAAGAAACCUCUCAAAGCCCAGGGCGUGGCGCCCCAUCUCACUCCUCUCCUGUCUUGGCAAGGGUCUCGAGCGUCUUAUCGCUCGCCGUCUAGCAUGGGCUUCGAUAAACUACGGAGUCCUCCACCCGCAGCAGGCUGGGGCUCUCCCAAAAAGAUCGGCUGUUGACUUGGUCGCAGCAGUGGUUCACGACAUCGAAGAGACACUCGCACGUGGACAGGUGGCCACACUGGUCACUGCCGACAUUCAAGGAGCGUUCGACUCGGCUCUCUGCAACCGCCUCGUUUUGCGACUCCGUCAACAGGGCUGGCCCGACAAUCUUGCACGAUGGGCAGGCUCGUUCAUGAGCGGCCGUUCCGCCAGGGUAAGAUAUCAGGACAUCACCACACCGACGACGCCACUGCAGUGUGGCCUUCCACAAGGGUCGCCCGUAUCCCCGAUCUUGUUUCUGUUGUACACGGAGCCGGUCUAUCGCUUGGGCGAACCCGAGCGACGGUUCGGCUACGCGGACGAUACAGCAAUUCUCUGCACAGGGGACACUGUGGGAGAGACAGCCAGAAAAGCGUCGGCGUAUAUUCAAGAGCUCGUGGAUUGGGGCGCCGCCAACGUUUCAUUUGACCCGGACAAAACAGAAGUUAUGCAUUUUUCAUUGAAGACACGAGAAGCCAGGCCGCCCAUCCGGCAUGGCGACGCGGUAAAGCACCCGGAAAAGGCCAUGCGCUGGCUGGGAAUCUGGCUUGACAGCAAACUAACAUUCAAGACCCAUGUUGAGAAGUGGACAGCCACGGCUCAGGCUGUGGCCUGUCACCUGCGGAGCUUAGGCAAUACACGACGUGGUCCCUUGCCGAGCGCUCUACAAAGGGCUGUUAGAGCCUGUGUCGAACCAGUCCUGCUGUUUGGAACGGAAGCCUGGUACCCGGGCACACGGAGCCCGCGCUGGAGACAGCCAGCGAAAGAAAGAUCGUCCCGAAUCCAACAGCUUGUGAAGAAAAUGACCAAGGCUAUCAAACAAGCCAUCCGCGCUAUUCUCCCGACUUGGAAGACGACACCAACCACAAUUCUGCACCGGGAAAGCGGCAUACCGCCGAUUCUUCAACUGCUCGAGGCGAAACGACUGCGUUUCUCUGCCCGUAUCAAGCAAGUCCUUGGAUAA